AUAAAAUCUAAAUUAUCGGAAGGGAGUAGCUAAAGCCGAAGUCCGGAGUCAUGGCGAUUCCCGCCAUUAACGUCUACUCCAUCAUUUCUCUUCAACAUCUCUGCCCCCCGCCGUUAUCUUAUCCUUUCCCCUCCUUCCUAACCCCUCACUAUUCCGCCUCCAGGUUUUGCCCCCAUAAACCUCUUGCCUUCUACUCUACCCGUCCAGUUCCAUUUCGGCCUUCCUUUCACUCUCCGAGGUCCAUUUUCUCUGAAAAAUCCCAACUCUCCGAUGUUGACGAAGAUGAGGAUGAAGACGAGGAUGAAGACGACGAAGACGACGUGGCAGCCGAGGAGUACGACAGCGAUGCAUUGGGAGGAUUCGAGCAAAGCUACGAUGAAGUGGAAUUGUCGAUGGACACUUCAGAAAUUUCUAAUGCAUCCCAGGAGUUCAAAUGGCAGAGAGUGGAAAAGCUUCUCGGUGAAGUUAGAGAGUUUGGAGAAGGAAUUAUCGAUGUCGAUGAGCUUGCUUCAGUUUAUAAUUUCCGAAUCGAUAAGUUUCAGCGGCUAGCCGUACAAGCAUUCUUGAGAGGAUCAUCGGUAGUGGUAUCGGCUCCUACCAGCAGUGGAAAGACUUUGAUUGCGGAGGCUGCGGCCGUUGCCACCGUAGCCAGGAAGAGACGAUUGUUUUACACGACUCCACUGAAAGCAUUGUCAAACCAGAAAUUUCGCGAGUUUCGUGAGACGUUUGGAGACAGCAACGUUGGGCUUCUAACUGGAGAUUCUGCCGUUAAUAAAGAUGCACCGGUUUUAAUCAUGACUACAGAAAUUUUGCGCAACAUGUUGUAUCAGAGUGUUGGAAUGGCCACAUCUGCUAGUGGACUGUUUCAUGUGGAUGUUAUUGUUUUGGAUGAAGUUCAUUACCUUAGUGAUAUUUCUCGGGGCACAGUGUGGGAAGAGAUUGUUAUUUAUUGCCCAAAAGAAGUGCAGCUUAUUUGUCUAUCAGCAACGGUUGCAAAUCCAGAUGAGCUGGCUGGCUGGAUCGGUCAGAUCCAUGGGAAAACUGAGUUAGUAACAUCAUCAAAGCGUCCAGUACCAUUGACUUGGCAUUUCUCUACGAAGACCUCUUUACUUCCUCUCCUUGAUGAGAAAGGAGCGCGCAUGAAUAGGAAGCUGUCGCUCAAUUAUCUUCAGCUUAAUGCUUCAGGAGAUAAAUUUUCUAAGGAUGAUGGAUCAAGAAGAAGAACCCCAAAAAGGCGUGGGAAUGAGAUCAGCUAUGACAAUAUUGGCAGCAUGUCUAGACAAGCUACACUUUCAAAGAAUGAUAUAAACUCAAUCCGCCGUUCAAAUGUUCCUCAGGUGAUUGAUACAUUGUGGCAACUUAAGUCAAAAGAUAUGCUGCCUGCAGUUUGGUUUAUAUUUAGUAGGAAAGGAUGUGAUGCAGCUGUUCAGUACAUCGAUAGCAGCAAUCUCUUAGAUGAUUGUGAGAGGAGUGAAGUUGAACUUGCAUUGAGGAAAUUUCGUAUUCAAUUUCCAGAUGCUGUCCGGGAAUCGGCUAUCAAAGGACUUCUGCAAGGAGUUGCUGCACAUCACGCUGGCUGCCUGCCUCUCUGGAAGUCAUUCAUUGAAGAGCUGUUUCAGAGGGGACUUGUGAAGGUCGUCUUUGCAACAGAAACAUUAGCUGCUGGAAUCAACAUGCCAGCUAGGACAGCAGUUAUUGCAUCCCUGAGUAAAAGAAGCAAUAAUGGUCGCACCCAUUUAAGCCCAAAUGAACUGCUUCAAAUGGCUGGGCGUGCUGGGCGUCGAGGCAUUGAUAAAAAAGGUCAUGUGGUGCUUCUUCAAACUCCAUAUGAAGGUGCUGAAGAAUGCUGCAAGCUCCUAUUUGCUGGCAUUGAACCACUUGUUUCUCAGUUUACGGCUUCAUAUGGAAUGGUACUGAAUCUUCUCGCAGGUGCAAAGGUUACUCAUACAAGUGAAAUGGAUGAGACGAAAGCUUUCCAAGCUUGGCGAACGCUAGAAGAAGCUAGGAAGUUAGUUGAACAAAGUUUUGGAAACUAUGUUGGGAGCAACGUCAUGCUUGCAGCAAAGGAGGAGCUUGUCAAAAUAGAAAAAGAGAUUGAAAUGCUCAAUUUAGAAAUAACUGAUGAAGCCAUUGAUAGAAAAAGCAGGAAGUUCUUGUCAGACAUGGCAUAUAAUGAGAUAGCAGAGCUGCAGGAGGAACUACGAUUAGAGAAACGUCACAGGACAGAACUGCGAAAAGAGAUGGAAUCACAAAGAAUUUGUGCCCUCAAUUCUCUGUUACGAAAUCUAGGAGAUGGACAUUUGCCAUUUUUGUGUUUGCAAUACAAAGAUUCUGAAGGAGUCCAACAUUCAAUUCCUACAGUUCUCCUUGGAAACAUGGACUCAUCAAAACUUGGUAACAUGUUUCCUGCUGAUAGUUCUUUGAGUGGUGCAGAAUCAAAUCUUGGUAUCACCUUGGAGCCAGGUGCUGAAUCAUCUUAUUAUGUGGCACUAGGUUCAGAUAACUCGUGGUACCUAUUUACUGAGAAAUGGAUCAAAACAGUUUAUAAAACUGGCUUUCCUAAUGUUGCUUUAUCUAAAGGGGAUGCUUUACCUCGAGAGAUUAUGAGGAGUCUUCUUGAUAAAGAGGGAAUGAAGUGGGAGAAGCUUGCUGAUUCUGAGCUUGGCAGUUUAGCAUGUAUGGAAGGAUCUCUAGAAACAUGGUCAUGGAGUUUAAACGUGCCAGUUCUGAAUAGUCUUUCUGAAAAUGACGAACUCUUGCAAAUGUCUCAAUCGUACAUGGAGUCUUUAGAUAGGUACAAGGUGCAAAGAAAUAAAGUUGCACGAUUGAAGAAAAGGAUUUCUAAAACAGAAGGAUUCAGAGAGUACAAGAAGAUUUUAGAUAUGGCCAAUCUUAUAGAGGACAAGAUUAGACAAUUAAAGACUAGGUAUAAGCGGCUAAGUAAUCGAAUUCAGCAAAUCGAACCAUCAGGGUGGAAAGAGUUUUUGCAAAUCAGCAAUGUGAUACAUGAAAUCAGAGCACUUGAUAUAAAUACUCAUGUCAUGUUUCCACUUGGAGAAACCGCAGCUGCUAUACGAGGUGAAAAUGAGCUGUGGAUUGCCAUGGUUCUAAGAAACAAAUUCUUAGUACAACUAAAGCCUACGGAGCUUGCUGCUGUUUGUGCAAGUUUAGUUUCUGAAGGCAUCAAAGUUCGCCCCGGAAGGAAUAACAGUUACAUAUUUGAACCAUCAAGAACAGUAAUCAAUAUGAUCAAUUUUCUAGAAGAGCAGAGGAAUUCUCUAGAAGAUCUUCAAGAAAAGCAUGGAGUGAACAUAUCAUGCUGUUUGGACAGCCAAUUUUCAGGAAUGGUUGAGGCUUGGGCAUCUGGGUUGACUUGGAGAGAGAUAAUGAUGGAUUGUGCAAUGGAUGAGGGAGAUCUGGCGCGCCUCUUGCGACGAACAAUCGACUUGUUGGCUCAGAUUCCAAAAUUGCCUGAUAUCGAUCCAUCUUUGCAACGCAAUGCAUCCACUGCUUCUGAUGUCAUGAAUCGUCCACCUAUAAGCGAAUUGGCUGGAUAACCUUGCCUGAAAAUGGCAGGCACAUGCAUAAGGUUGGUUUGUUAUUGUAACUUUGCCCUUUAUUUAUGAAUCUGUAUAUUCUUCAUCCUGCAUUUUUGGCAAGCCAAAUUAACAGUGAUGGGACAUGUUCUUACGAGGUCGUUGGCUGUUGGCUCAAGUGAGCAAAACACAUCCUCUAAUAAGCUGCUUUAAGGUGUGAAUACUUCUUUUGUAUUCAAUUUUAUUUGUGACUUCCGUGAAAUGAAUUUGAAAAAUGAUAACAUAAUAUUGAUAGAUUUUGUUUAA